GCUGCACCGGCGGGGAGGGGAGGAAAGUUUCGCGUGGAUGAUUCGGAGGAGCGGAGGAGCGGAGGAGCCACUCACUAGAAGUCGUCAAGUGUCUUCACACAUACUGUGCAGCUUUUCCAUAAUCACACAAUUCAUGAUGUGCAAUGCAGUCUCGGUCUCAGUCAGGGCUUGGAUUUAAGGCGCGACGUUACCAGUAUUCUCUCUCCGUCGCCGUCCAACCACUCGCCGGAGUUUGCGCCGACUGGAGCGCAGUGGAUCCACGAGGCGACAGAGCCCAUGAGUCGCGCACAUGGACUAGAACACACACGUCCAGCAUCGCUUCCACCACUUCUGCAUUUUCCGUAACACAGAUGAUCACAAUUUCUUGCGAGAUCCUCACUGCCCGCCAAGUUGUCGUGCGCAUCGCGAGGGGUGGUAAUAUGGAUGCGCUGCCCGAACCUUGGUGGGAAAACUCGGCCGGGGCCAAAAGGGCCGGUCUAGAACGUGGGACCCGGCGAGCUCGACUGCUCUUCCCGUCUCCGUUGCACCCGGAUGCGCAGGAAAGUGUGCUAAACGGGCGGUAUAUUUGUACGAGUGCACACGACGCGUCCCUGUGCUGACCUUGUGCAUCUUCUCUUGUUCUUGCGGAGUGUAGGUGUGCUUUGCUUCACGUUCGGCUUUUGCACUUUCGGGGGGAUCUGAAGUGGUGUUCACUUUGCAUACUCGAGAGGAGAGACGGAA